AGCGCCAGCAGCGAGGUAUAUCUCGCUCGCCCGUUUGUGGACACCCCUCCUCACCGGACUGGUCGAGUUUCCACGGCGGCUGCGAAGAACGUGUACGCAGAGUGCCACUUGCCAUGUUCUCGGUCAUCGCGUUCGUCGUAGCCGCCGUCCUCUGCUGCUCCGUUCAGCGGUGCGCGGCGGACGACGUACGCGCGACGCCAGCCGUGCCGUCGUCGACGCCGAACCCCGGCGGCGCCUCCACGGAGGAGCUCAAGUCGGCCUCCAACGAGUCCCUGGUCGAAGCACCGCCCCCUCCUACGACGCAGCAGUUGGACCCGGACUACGGCGAAGGCGAAGACGACGCCGAAGAUGAAGAGGAGCAACCGGCGAACGACACACAGGGUUCCGGACCGACGGUGCGGCGCGGCUAUGCCCGGCUGGCCUUCAACAACUGCGGCGAAGAGACGGAUCCGCUGUUCGUGACGGGCUUCGACCUGGACCCAAACCCCGUGCAGAUUCCUGGCCCCCUGUCGGUCGGAAUCCGCUUCAGGCUCAACGAGAACCUCACGUCACCCAUCGCGGUGCACCUGGAGAUGCAGAAGAAGCUGACGCUCCUGUUCGGUCUCUCCACGUGGCUAACGAUACCGUGCCUGCCCAACGGCGUGGGUUCGUGCACGUACGACGACAUCUGCAAGAUACACCUUUUCUCCAAGCCGGAAUGCCUGGACGUCAAGACGGGGGAGGAGAUCCCGUGUCAGUGUCCAUAUCACGAGGGUGAGUGGCGCCUGAAGCCGUCCACAUUCAAGGUGCCCGAACUUCCGCCGGACCUUCCUUCGUACCUGCUCGACGGCGAAUUCGUCAUCAAGGCCACGGUGCUGCGCGACGGAGAGCAGAUCGGCUGCUAUUCCACAGACGUUGAACUCAACCUGUGACCUCGACCCCGCCGCGCGGAGACUCCCAAAUGUCCUCCUGUGUGCUUAAUAUCGUGUGCGUGCGUGAGUGUGUCCUGCGUCGAGCGUCUCGUCCCACUUUUGAAGCGCCGAGAACGACAUCGGCAACGAAGAGCUCCGCGGAACUGAAAUGGUCCUAGCAGGGCCAGCGACCCUCUGGGGUCACGCCUCCCUGCGAGACGUCGAGUCAGCGUCGUCUGUGGUGACGAUUCUUCGACGGUCCACAACGACUCCGAGACAGAAUCACGUAAAGAAAUUCCACGCGGCAGCACGCACCGCUUCUGCAAUUGUUCACCCACCGGCAUACCUUGGAACACGUCACGCUUGCAACUGCCUUUCGCUGUAAUGGCAAAUUUAUUCGUCCAGAGAACGCCGCGUUUCUUUACGUUCUGCUCUGUCUUUCAGUAAGAGGGAAGCAAAGCUGAGGCAAGCUUUUUUUUUUCUGUUAUGCUAUUGCUCCACACCGUGAUGUGGGGGCUUGCUGGUCAACAGCAUUCUGCGAAGGCGCUAGCCUCACAUAUAUCGAUCGAUCGCUCCAAACAGCUAUAUCGGUCACAACCUAAAAAUAAAUACAAGCUCCACCUACAGCCAUCGCUGCCCAACCCAGUGGGAAUUUGCAUAGACAUUCCAUACAAUCACAUUUGCUCACUUUCGUGACCUUAAGCACAUUUGGCAUGGUUCAGAUAAUUGUUGUCAAUAUGCAGACACAUGUUCGUGUCGCUGUUUUUAAGCCUACAACUUGAACGUCCGGGCAAAUUUCAUCAGAGAUUAUGACAGCACUGAUUAUCCAAAGGUCGUAUUUUAGAUUGGAACGAUGAACAUUUAGUUUUCUAUAGGCGUGGUAUUUACAUUAUCACAGAAAAAGUACUUACGGUCAGAAAGAAAACCAGCUUGCAUAACUCUCUUGCAUGCGUGACUGACAAAUGCGCCGCGGUUUUGCGGGCGGAGCUUGUAUUUUAUUCUUAAGUUAUAACCGUACAUGCGUCUCACGAACCGUUUCGCAUCAUUGUUAUGUGUUAUGGCGAAAUGUAUAAGCAAGUGUAACUCCCGACAUUGUUUGUAGAGCACUCCUUGUGUAGACUGUUCAGUGUCAAGAAUUUUGUUUUAUCACAACCUCUGCAUGGCUGGCGGCCACACGCGGCACUGCAUCAAAUUAACUUUCCCUAAGUUAUGCAGCGGCAGGGCCUCUUAUUUUUUUCCACUGAGCUCAACUUAAGAUGUACAGAUGGCUUGGACAUAGGUUUAACUUUUGGUCUACAUUCUGACUUCAAAUGACGUGUCACUUCAGUUCCAUCAUGCCAGAGUAAACUGGCGUUGCGAGUUGUCAAUCUGUUGGCAUGUCUUUCGCGGAGUCGCAAGCUCAGUUACUUCAGUUGUUGUUCAUCAUAUUUUAGUAAAGCAUAUUUCGGUGCUAGAAGCAUGCUGUUGCUACGGGUAACCUUACAGUGUUCCGACAGAAGGAAAGCAAGCAACCGUAGUGCUAUCUCCUGGCAUCCAGCAUACAACAAUUCAUAUAUAAAGAUUCGCGCAAUAAAAUUAUUUACCGAAGAGCAGCUUACAGCUGGCAACAAACACUUUUUUUUUUUUUGUAGUUGCAAGUUAUAACAGAGCAAGCGUACUCGUCUCGUAUCUUUAUUUUCUUCGUGUAGUCUCUCAUCAUGGCAGUGUUGGUCAAAGCGCAAAGCAACUAGUCCCGGUGAAGAUGAGAUAUGCUGUCUGAAGGGACCACAGUAACUGCGGCCCUCUUGCGUUAUCGCCUUACGUUCGUGGUAUGUUUAACGCAGCCUCUCUAAAUGGCGCUUACGUGUAAACGCGUAUUCGCGAGUUCUUUAUUCACGAAGGUCACAUGAGCGAUCUCAAGGUCUUGCCACUUUCGGGCCUUGCCCUGCGGCGACCCCAAUCUGCCGUACAGGGGGCAAGCGGCGAUUCUUCUCGAGUGAUUCUUUCAAGUUUUUUCUUACAUCUGUGUGUCGUGAACCAACUGCAUGCGAAAAGCCUGCCUGUAACGCUGUGCCUAAGAAACUUCUCCUCUGAAAUCCAAACCAAACUUAGUGAAGCCAGUGCAGGGCAAGCAUACUGCCCGUAAUCUUUGUACUGGAAAAAAAAAAAACGCAAAGUUUAGAAAUCUUGCGCGUAAAUUGCUCAACUCGUAAUGUAAAUAGCAAAGUUGUGUCUUCGUAUAUGCGUCAGCAAAGAAGGCUGAUGUGAGAUUAAUGUGGCGUAAAUAAGCCGCACUUUGCACAAUAAAAAUGAUGAUUGUUGCUUCUGACAACACGGCGCCAAGGAAAACAGUUCCCGUACGAUUGUGUAGACGACUGUUUUGUUCCCAGCAGACGAGCAUUGGUGAUCUCCACUGUAUGUUACUAGCACGUACAUGAAGUGUUUUCACGUCAUACAAGAAAAGCAAGUGAGUCAUCAAAUGCGAAGUACACGCAUAUCGUGAAUAUAUGGAAGAGUCGUUCAGGUAUAGUUUACGCGCACCAUAAAAAAUACGGCGCAAGCAAAGUAGACAACUACACUCAAGUGGACACAGACAUCUUGAGCGCCAUUGCCUAAUCGUCUUGCGCCAUUUUUUUUUGUCUAAGUACGAAUACCAUGACGGGGACUGUCUGUCUGCACCUCAAAAGCUAGAGGUCAAGUGACGUCAUUUGUAGAGCGGCACGUCGAUGUCCACCCUUGCUCUGGCAGUAGCGAUGCUGUAAAAAAAGUGAGGACCGCGAAGCGGCACGGUGUAGGUUACUGGCCCUACAGUGAUACUGAGCAGCUAUAGUGACACUGGCAAAAUAGCUGUACUUGCCGCAACCGCUCUACCAGUGACGUAAUAACGUGACGUUUUGGAUCAGGUAUGUGACCCCGGGCUGCUGAGGUGCAUAGAAACGUUCCCACCAUGAUUAGCCUCCCCCCCCCCCCCCAUUUCCUUUUGUUUGCUUUUUUUUACUGUUCUCACUGCUGCCUGUUUCGCGAAACUCUGGGGUGACUAUAUGGAGCCAUGAAUAUAAAUUAGCAUGAGUUUUUCCCAAAGAUUGUCGACGCUCCCACGCAGCUUGCUUUGCGAACCAUGAACUGCUUUCUGCAACCGCGUGCCUGUCCUACCGCCCCUAUAGUACGUAAAAAGGGAAAAUCUGCGCACGUUCCUGCAGGUCUGCGGCAGUCACAAUGUGCAUGCGCAGACAAGGGCAUUUUUCUGUUGCAAAUUGUCCAGCAGCCGCCUAGUAAUCUGAAGUUACUGAGAUUUCCGCUUCAUGGACAUCUGCUGGUUAAACCUUCUCUAAAAGAGAUACGAUACAAUAUGUAUAUUAUAUGUGAAACGCAGUAAAGAACCGGUUACUUGAUCACGCUGCUUGAAGUCGCAGGACCCUCUGUAUUGCCUGCCCAGAAAACUUUCCUCGAACAUUUGCUUGGAAUAACUCGCAAUAUGAGAGAUAUAUUUCUGUUUUUCUGGCAGAUAUAAUGGACAUGUUGUAGGUGCUCCAGAUCUAGGAGAAGUCACAAAAGUCACGUUUGAGUUUUUCAAGUUUCAGUUUUGUAUUUUCUAACGCAAAAAAUAAUGAAUAAAAAUGUUGCAACAUUGUA